AUGAGGUACGGACUUGUAGUUCUCACUGCGGGGUUUACAGGUUUGCUCAGUUUUAGCCUCCUCGCUGUGGCAAUUGGGACUGAUUAUUGGUACAUCAUCGAUGUGAAUAAGCCCAACUACACAGGUCCAGACGACCUGAGUUCACAUUCUGGACUUUGGAGAAUUAUUGAAGGAGCAAACAGGAGUUCAGUCAUCCCUUCUUUUACAGCAAAUAUGUCCAGCCUGUCAGAGGCAGAGAGGCACCUUCUUGGCUUGCACAAAGUGGUGGUCAUCGUGUUGCCUCUUAACCUGAUCCUGCUGGUGUUUGGUUGGAUCUUUGGACUUGUUAGCUCAUUGGCCCGCAGUCCCAACUUACUGGCUGGAACGGCAUCCUACUUUCUCUUCUGCAGUGUUUUCACCCUGGCGGGGGUCAGCAUCUACAUAAGAUACUCAAAUCAGGCCAUGGAGGAGUUCCGACGGGUUGUGGACCCAGAGAACCUCGCCUACGUGGACGUGUCAUUCGGCUGGUCCUUAGCCACAGCCUGGAUCUCCUACAGUCUGGAAGUGGCCACUGGCCUUCUGCUCAUGCUAGCUGCCAGAAUCACUCAGAUGAAGGGACAUUAUGACUCUGGCGUAACCAUCGCCAUCUUAUAG